ACCGUUAAACUGCUAGCUAGCUAGAUGCAGGGAUUUUCUGCCUGAAUAAAGAACAGCAGGCAGGUAAUCAUGUAACUAAUGUAGAUAAAUGAUAUAUCCACAUUAAAACAGUUCUGUUUUUCAGCUGAGUGGAUCUAACAUUCAGUCAGCUCACGGAACAUUUGCAGCUUGUUUCUUUUUCGAAAGACUGGAUUUUAUUCCUAGCUUGGUAGCACCAACCAGCCACAUCAGCACCGCAGCUGCUACUCUGCCACGUUAGCUCCGCUUCAAAUAUUCCAUUAUGGCAGACAAUAUCAUGAGCAAGGCUGCUACCAUGGAGAUCCCCAUUAACAGCAAUGGGGAUACUGGGUCUCUUCCAGAGGAUGACAGCCUGGAGCAGGAUCUGCAGCAGGUGAUGGUGUCUGGACCCAACCUGAAUGAAACCAGCAUUGUCUCAGGUGGUUAUGGAGGACCUGCUGGGGGCAUCAUUCCCACAAGCACCAUUAAAGGACCUGCAAUUCACUACAACCCUGAGUAUCUGGACAGAAGGCGAGCCCCUGCACCCGUACAAGACAUUCGCAUGAAAUCCAGGGGAGUUAGCUUGUCUCAGAGUCACUCUUCAGCCAGUCGGCUUGCCCAUCACUCAGUCCAGCAUCAAGGAUCCUUGAAUCAUAACAACGGUUCAACCGAAGAGGUUUCUCGUGGCGUAGCUGUGGAGAAACUGGACAGUGUAAAGAAAUGGGGCAUUAACACAUACAAGUGUACAAAACAGAUGUUCUCUGAGAAGUUUGGCAGAGGUUCCCGAACAGUCGACCUGGAACUGGAAGCUCAGAUCGACGUGUUGAGGGACACCAAGAGCAAGUAUGAAAACAUCCUAAGACUGGCCACCGCACUCAUCACUCAUUUUCAAAACAUGGUGCAGACGCAGCAAGCUCUCGGGGACACGUUCACCGAUCUGAGCCAGAAGUCACCAGAGUUGCAGGAUGAAUUCGGGUACAAUGCAGAAACACAAAAGCUGCUGUGUAAGAAUGGCGAGUCUCUGCUUGGUGCCAUCAACUUUUUUGUGUCCAGUGUGAACACCCUGGUUAAUAAAACAAUGGAGGACACUUUGAUGACCAUUAAGCAGUAUGAAAAUGCAAGACUUGAGUUUGACGCUUAUCGGUCUGAUCUGGAGGAGCUCAGCUUGGGCCCGAGAGACGCAGCUGCCAUGGUUCGCAUCGAGAUGGCCCAGCAUGAGUACCAUCUCCACAGAGAAAAAUAUGAGCGACUCCGUAGUGACGUCUCCAUUAAGAUGAAGUUCCUGGAGGAAAAUAAGGUGAAGGUAAUGCACAAGCAGCUGCUUCUCUUCCAUAAUGCAAUCUCUGCUUACUUUGCUGGCAACCAGCAACAGUUGGAACAAACUUUAAUACAGUUUAAUGUAAAGCUAAAGCCUCCAGGAUCCGACAAACCGUCCUGGUUGGAGGAGCAGUAAUGAGCGGCCAGGGUUCAGCUGUUUGACGUGUGUGGUGAUCAGUUAAAAAAUGAAAAACUAAAGUGGCAUUGUGGUUAGAUGGACAAGAAUACAAAGCUUAAGAGAGGUUUAUUUGCAGGAUCAGUAGAACAGAGAAAUCUUUUUUAAUGUUUUUUUUUUCUGUAUCAUAAAUGAAAUAAUCCACUUUUGUUAUUUUGAUCUUUAUUAGUACAAUCAUCUGUGUAAGUCACAUAUUUAUGUACACCAUUAGGUUUAGAGUGGAAAUCCACUUGGGCUGUUUGCACAUGUCAUUGAAUUUUUUUAUGUUGCCUAAAGAUAAAUAAUCGUUGCAGAAAUUCCACAGAUUGGAUUGCUGGAAUAUUGUAAACAAUGUUAUGAGAUAUUGUCCUGAACUGUAUUUUCUGAACCAUUUUCUUCAUAUUUUUACAGAUCUUAUGUCAGAUCUCAUGAUAUUGCUUUAGUUUUCCAAAUGAACUGGUGUUGUUUUACCAUCACUUUGUGGAAUACCUGCCUGAAUAGUGAUUUUACUGUUGAUGUUUAGGGGGAACCAACGUAUACGGGGAAUAUAGGGAUUUUUCUUUAACAUAAUACACAAUCCUAAAUGAUUUGGUCUUGUAAAUUUAUGGUGACUGCAGAUAAAGUAUAUUCAUAUGAAUCCAGCACUAUUACAGGUAUGUGUUUGUUUUUGUACUUCAGAGUUUAUGCUUCCAAACUGAAACUGGAUGUCACAUUUCCAGUAUUUUUGCAGCAAUCGAUACAUGUCUGAUGCUUUAUAACUGAAUGAUCAGUUAUUGUACAAAAAUUAAAAUGUGGUAAAAAGCUAGUUCAGUUUUGGUACAAUAGAAGGUAUCGGUGUGUGAGGGAAAUAGAAAAAAAAACAAUCACAUUUAUUCUUAAAGGUGUGGAUCACUCGUUUAAUUUAUACAUUUGCAGUGGUCUCUAGUAGGAACAAAUGAAUGCCUUGUAAGUUGUACUCUGGGGAAACAAAGCUUGGGUGCACCAGUUUCAGGAAGUAGAAGUGAGCCACAUCAGAGUUGAGGUUCAGAUGGCAGGAUUUGGAGUCUUUAUUUCCUGAUAUUUAAACAUCUCUCCUCUAAUUGGCUGACUCAGCUUGUUUUACGUUGAUGUUUUAUCUUCACAAAGAACACAAGCCUGGAACAGUUCUGUGUUGUGGAGUUGCUAAUGCUAACAUAUAGCUUCCACUUGUUGUGAUGUUCUCUGUUUCCUGGACGCUAAACCAACAGCCUUCCCCGUCAGGAGUUAAGAUGGAUGGGUCCACAGAGUUCGAAUUAGGGCGAGCUAAGGGGAGCCCAGCUCCCCUGAAAGGAUGACAGGCUCUCCUGGAAGCCCACAGCUUACACACCCAGGAGGAGCCUGGGAAAAAAAAAUAUAAAAACUUUUUUAAUCUAUAUUGCAUUCUUUAUAUGUACUCUCAGUGUACCGACACUUUUUAUGAGCGGAGAAGACAGAAAGUGCUGAUUGUUCAUGCGCUCAGGCAGCUGCAUCCUGCGCAUGGCCACAGCAACAUUCUCAAAGUGGCGCCACCAAAAAAAAAAUAGUUAACACACUAUCGUUCAUGCCUGCUCAUAUGCUCUGGUACUUUCUGUUUUGUAUCUGUGCCUGACGCGCUCCGCUGCUGUGGAGCUCAUCACCCGUGCGCCGGUGCUUAACCUCACUGACGUGGUCACACCCAGGGCCAUGUCAAGGCACUUUGGGGGCCAAGGCAAAAUAUAGGGUUCCCCCAGAUGCCUCUGUGUACUUCCCUGUGAGUCCAUGAAUGUUAAGUGACUGUGUGAUGUGGAUCUAUCAGGAUUUUGAAAUCCUAGAGUUUCACCAUUAUUUUUUAUCAGAAGUGAAUGCAGGAAAUGGGUGUAGGAGAUUAUUUUUAUGUUCAGCCAGCAUGAAAAACUCAGUGAUUCAUUAUAAUCUGACAUAAUUUUGAAAAUAUGGUUUUUCGGUGUUCCACACCUUUAACUUUUACAGUUUGAUGUAUUAAAAUCUUAAACUGCAUAAUUAAUCUCAAAUUACAGCCAGUAAAAUCACAUGCACUUUAGAUUGCUGUACAAAUGUCAGUGUCCCUUUGAAUAAAGAAUGUACAGAGUUAGUUUUAUUUAUUCACUUGUUUGUAACACAAUGUAUGUUAUGGAGGUUUCUUUUAAGGCUGUAGUCAGCUGAUUGUGUUAUUCUUGUUCUGCAUUUCCAAUAAAGUGCUGGUCGUUACAUUUCA